AUGCAGAGGGUGCGUACCUUUACGGCUUCGCUCGGAGACAGCUCGGACAUUGUGCAGAAAGAGAUGUUUGAACUUGCUGGGGCAAGGGCUAGCGAGGCGAGUGCUGGGCGCGAUGGUGGGCAGAAGCUCGUACUGCGUCCCGAGGGCACAGCGGGCCUGGUGCGCGAGGUGGUGGCCUCCACCUUUGGCGCGGCGAGUACUAUCGGGCCGACAGCGCCGCUGCGGCUGGCGUAUGCAGGGCCGAUGUUUCGCCGCGAGCGGCCGCAGCGCGGGCGGGAGCGCCAGUUCACCCAGCUCGGCAUCGAGGUCUUUGGCCUCGGAAAGGAGGUGCAGGACGGCGGGGCAUACGCUAGUGUGCAGGGGGAGUUGGAGGCGCUCGAAGCUGCGUCGGGCUUCCUCGCCGACAUCGGGCUCCAGUCUGGCAGCGACUACCAGCUCCGGAUCAACAGCCUUGGGACGAGCGCGUGCCAGGGAGCGUACGCCGAGGUGUUGCGCGAGUACUUUAACUCAGCGGCGGCCGACGGUGGACUUUCGGGUGAGUCUGUGGCGCGUCUGGAGCGCGGUGCACCGCUGCGCAUCCUCGACUCGAAGCAUCCGGCAGACGCCGCCGCUGUGGCCGGCGCGCCGACGCUACUUGGCUCGGGGCUGCUGAGUUCUGCGGCCGAGGCGCGGUUCCAUGCGCUCUGCGACGGUCUCGCAGCCGCUGGCAUCGACUACGUCGUCGACGAGACGCUCGUCCGCGGCCUCGACUACUACACCGAGACCGUGUUUGAAGUUGUGGGCUCGGCAACCUCACUCGGCGCGUCGCAGGCGACGCUGCUCGCCGGUGGGCGCUACGGCGAGCUUGCAACUGUCAUGGGUGGGCCGGCGAGCCUACCCGGCCUCGGCUGGGCCGCCGGCCUCGAGCGGCUUGUCCUCGCGCUCGACGAGACCCAUGGGAGCGAAGGAUGGGGCCCCGGCGCGGCCCGACCAGUGGCGGUCAUUUCGACCAGCGGUGAUGCGGUGGCGAGUGCGACGGACAUCGCGCGCGAGCUGCGGGUGUCGGCUCAUUGUUCAUCUCUGCCUGUAGUCCACGACUAUGACGGCGUAGUCAAGCCGCUCUCCUCCUCGGCCGUCUCGAAGCGGCUCCGCCGGGCCGCCAAGGCCGGCGCUCGUCUUGUAGUCCUCGUUUAUUCUCCGGAUCGGAUCGUUGUGCGCGACCUAGAUGCUGCCUCGCAAGUCGAAGUUGCACGCGAUGGCGUUGUUGCCGCCGUGGCCGAACUAACAGCGUCAUGACCCGGUACAAAGCUGGAAUAAUUUGCUCAGUUUGAUAUUGACCCAAUCUCG